UGUAGUGUCCCGUGGUGUGUUUUCUUUUAGACAAGCACUUUGUCAGUUUCCUCCUCCCACACUGCAAGCCUGUUUCUGUUCAGAGAACGCCCACAGUCUGAGGAGACUUACAAACUUAACGGAACAAUGGCUGGACGUGUGAGCAGACGUUUGCUGAAUUAUCUGAGCAGGGAAAACAUCUUUAGAAGCAAGAAAUGUCUGCGUAAAAGUGUGUUAUUCAUCUCACAGUGCCAUGCACGAUCGCUGUCCAACAGCAUCAGUGCGGCUCAACCGGACCUGAGCUCGCAUCUCGUUGGAAAGACAUAUGCAGAUUUAUACGAACUGUCAGUGAGAGAUCCCGAAACUUUCUGGGGAUCCAUUGCCAAGGAAAGGCUGACAUGGACCAAACUUUUCGAUCAAGUGAAGGACUGUGAUCUCUCGAGUGGGAAAAUUAACUGGUUUCUUGGAGGCCAGCUGAACGUCUCUGGUAAUAAGUUUCACAGCUUAUCUUUAUUGGAUCCAGACAGAGUGGCAUUGAUUUGGGAGAAAGACGAGCCUGGCACAGAAGAAAAGAUCACCUACAGGGAACUUCUAAAGAUGACAUGUCGUCUUGCCAACACAUUAAAGAAUCACGGGGUCCAGAGAGGAGAACGAGUGGCCAUCUACAUGCCUGUGUCUCCUAUGGCAGUAGCGGCCAUGUUGGCAUGUGCCCGCAUUGGUGCAGUGCACACUGUGGUGUUUGCAGGGUUCAGCUCAGAGUCUUUGGCCAGCAGAAUUCAGGAUGCCCAGUGCAAGUUUGUGAUCACAUGCAACCAAGGUGUGAGGGGCGGCCGUCUCUUCGAUCUGAAGUCCACAGUGGAUAGAGCAGUAAAGAGCUGUCCAUCUGUGCAGCAUGUGUUUGUCACCAAGAGGACCAACAAUAGUGUGCCAAUGGGCAAACUAGAUAUUCCAUUAGAUGAGGCCAUGGAAGGAGAGCCUUCAGUGUGUGCUCCAGAGCCCAUGGGCAGUGAGGAGAUGUUGUUUAUGCUCUAUACCUCAGGCAGCACGGGUAAACCAAAGGGCAUUGUGCACACGCAGGCUGGUUACCUUCUCUACGCCUCCCUCACACAUCAGUGUGUAUUUGACUAUGUACCAGGAGAUGUGUUUGGCUGUGUUGCUGACAUCGGUUGGAUCACGGGUCACAGUUAUGUAGUGUACGGACCCCUGAGUAACGGAGCCACUUCUGUAUUGUUUGAGAGCACACCUGUGUACCCUGAUCCUGGUCGUUACUGGGAGACAGUUCAGAGGUUAAAAAUAAACCAGUUUUAUGGAGCUCCUACUGCCAUAAGAUUACUCCUGAAUUAUGACGAAAGCUGGGUGAAGAAAUACGACAGGUCAUCUCUGAAGACACUUGGAUCUGUUGGAGAGCCCAUUAAUCACGAGGCAUGGGAAUGGUUCCAUAAUGUGGUUGGCGAUGGACGAUGCCCUCUGGUGGACACAUGGUGGCAGACAGAGACUGGCGGUGUGUGUAUUGCCCCACUUCCAGCUGAACCAGGAGCAGAAAUACGGCCUGCCAUGGCUAUGAGACCCUUUUUUGGCAUCCAGCCAGCACUCAUGGGGGAGAAGGGACAGCUGAUAACAGGAAAUGAUGUCAGUGGAGCUCUGUGCAUCAGCCAGCCAUGGCCUGGAAUGGCCAGAACUAUAUUUGGAGACCACCAGAGAUUUGUGGAUGCAUAUUUUAAACCGUACCCAGGUCAUUAUUUUACGGGUGAUGGGGCGUAUCGCAAUGAAGACGGUUACUACCAGAUCACAGGACGAAUGGAUGAUGUCAUCAAUAUCAGUGGGCAUCGGCUGGGUACCGCUGAGAUAGAGGAUGCUCUGGAUGAACAUCCAGAUGUUCCUGAAACUGCAGUGAUAGGAAUUCCACAUGAGAUCAAAGGAGAAGUUGCAUUUGCGUUUGUGGUUUUAAAAGAAACCACUGAGAAUAAGCAGACUGUUGUGGAAGAUCUGAGAUGCCUAGUGGCUACUAAAAUUGCUAAAUAUGCUGUCCCUGAGCAUUUUCUGGUUGUGAAGCGUCUUCCUAAAACACGUUCUGGAAAAAUCAUGAGGAGAAUUUUGCGGAAGGUUGCCAUGGAGGACACGAGCAACCUGGGGGAUGUCUCCACACUGGAUGACCCCUCUGUCCUUUCAGAGAUCAUUCAGGCCCACAAACACUACAAAAGUUGCAGUUCUAAGAAGUAGAAAGUAGAAAGGACUGUUGGGGAAUUUCCAUUUGAUCUUGUAAAGUAAAUAUCCAGUGAUGUGAACAUUCUAGAGACAUGCUUAGUUUGAGGGGCUAUGAAUAUAAAUAUAUGAUUACGGGGAAUUUGUGCAAGUAUUUCACAUGUUGUAAAUGUGAAAGUAGCAUAUUAAGUAUUUAAACCAUGAAACUUGCACACACUCCACACCUGAACUGCAUGUUGGUCCUGACAUGUAGAAUUAUUUUAGAUGACAAAUAGGAUUUGUACAUUCUAGGCAAACACCCUUUUAAUCAUGAAGCAUUUGCACAGUGUUAUUCCUAUAGCCAGGUAUGAGGUGGGAUUUGCUGUGGAACGUCAUUUUUGACAGAUGAUGUUUUUUUUUUAAGGUGCUAAAUUGAGUUUGGUCAGCUAAAUCUGAACUUUCUCUCGCUUCCCCCCCCCCCCUUUUAAGCCUCUUUUGAGUUUUAAGCCUGAAGCCUUUACUUCCUAAUGUUUAUGAGAAUACAUAACUGUCCUAAUUUGACUGAUUUUCAGUCAUCAUCACCAUAUCACUAGAAAUGAUAUUAUAAUACAAUAUACAUGCUUCACAUAUGAUUUACAUGUAGUGUAAUAAUUUGGCGCAAAACUCCAUUUAAUCUUUAGUAUUUUUCUCAUUAUUUUCCUAGAAAUGUCAAUACACUUUAUUUAAAAAAAAAAAACAAAUAGAUUCUGAACAUUAAAAAAAAAAAAAAAAAAAACAGUAUUUGUCUGGCUGUUUCUUAUUCCUCCAUUAGACUAAAUAUAUAACACAGCUUACUUCUCAGUGAGGGUUGUGGCAGAGGUGUUUGACAAAAUGGAUGAGAUUUAGCUGACGGAUGCAGCUGUUAAAUGUAUAUUCAUGUGAAGGGACAUCAAAUGUACAGCAGUGCUGCUCUUAUUCCAAUAAACUUUUUAAAUCCCCUCGAACCAAA